GGAGAGGCGUCAAGGAAAAGCCCACGUACGCGCUGAGCAGCAGUGACGAGGAGGAUCAGGCAAAGGAGAUCGGCGUCACUUACAAAUCGACGAGGUCGGCGAAACCUGUUGGCCCAGAAGACAUGGGGGCCACCGCAGUGUAUGAACUGGACACAGAGAAGGAGAAAGAUGCCCAGGCCAUCUUCGAGCGCAGCCAGAAAAUCCAGGAGGAGCUGAGAGGGAAGGAGGACGAUAAAAUCUACCGUGGUAUUAACAACUAUCAGAAGUACGUGAAGCCCAAGGACACAUCAAUGGGAAAUGCCUCUUCGGGAAUGGUCAGAAAAGGACCCAUCCGUGCGCCAGAGCACUUGCGGGCCACAGUGCGAUGGGACUACCAGCCUGACAUCUGCAAAGACUACAAGGAAACUGGGUUCUGCGGCUUUGGAGACAGCUGCAAAUUCCUCCAUGAUCGUUCAGACUACAAACAUGGCUGGCAGAUUGAACGGGAAUUGGAUGAAGGCCGCUACGGAGUCAAUGAUGAGGAAAACUAUGAGGUGAGCAGUGAUGAGGAGGAUAUGCCCUUCAAAUGUUUCAUCUGCAGAAGUUCCUUCAAGAACCCCGUGGUCACCAAGUGUAGGCACUACUUCUGUGAGAGCUGUGCCCUCCAACACUAUCGCAAAUCCCAACGCUGCUACGUGUGCGACAAGCAAACCAAUGGUGUCUUCAACCCAGCAAAAGAGCUCAUGGCAAAACUGGAAAAGCACAAGGAUGAGGAGGAAUCGGAUCAUUCAGACCACACAGAUGAUCCAUAAUAGCAAAGCACCCCGUUUUGUAUCUAGCUGAAUAAAAAUUCAUGAAAAAAAUGCACUGAUUGCAGCAGUUGCCUCAGGCUCAGCAGCUGUAGCCAGUGCUUGUUUAUCCAACCAGCAGUUACUAGAACAGUGUCCUGACUGAAGCUGGACUCUGUUUACUGCUCCACAAAGGCACAAGACUGAAAAGCAAUUUCACAUGGUCCUGUCAACAGCAAGAUUGACAGGAGAGACACACACAGGCAGAUGGAAACCUCUGAAGCAGAAAGGCACCACCAAGGAAAUGAAAGCAGAAGGCUCUGAUAAGCAGCGUUAUGGAGCAAUGACAGCUGGUGAAACACUGAGCAAUAUGUAAGUGAUUAUAUGCUUUAUUAAAAGUCUACUCCAGAUUUAGCAUAAGCCAACAAAACAGAUGCAAAAAAAUUAAACACAUUUAAUCUUAUUAUUACUGGUGUAGGCUGCUUCAAAAGCAACAGAAAAAUACUUUAAAUUCCUUUUUUUUUUUUUUUAAAAGUCUCACAAUACAUCAGAGAUCUUCACUCACCUCUCUUCAUGUUAGCAGCUACCAAUAACUAAGAGUUAAUGCAAAAGGAGCGCUACCAGAAAUUUAUCAACAUCGUACAAGAGUUUAAACAAAAGUUAAACUGAAACGUCACUUAUGAAAUACUGCAAAAAAGCUCCUCAGUGGUUUCACACAGGACAUAUUUUGGUGUAGGGUCAAAAGCAAAUGCGGCUGCAAAAUGUAGUCACACAUGACUAGCUUUAUGGCAUGACAUUCAUUAAAAGCUAGCUUUCAGGCUUGUUGAUUGGAUUUUAAUUGGAAGUAGUUCGAAGGAAAUUAAUCUUUGAAAGAUAACUACUGUUAUAAAUGCCAUAAGAAAAUCAGUUACGCGAUGCCAGCAAGGAUCUGCAUUUGCCAAAUCACAUUCACUUAUUCACUUGAAUUAGGAGGGAAUAUUGUUUUUGUUCUACCGCCUUCCUCUCUGCCUCCUCAUUCCCUCACUCAGUUUUAGCAUGAGCAACAAAAAUUUCCUUUCCCCCUAAAAUUAUUGACCUUUUCCUAUAAGCAUCCUGGGAAAAGUAAGCUUUUGUUUAGAUGCAAAAAUAAAAAUAAGAAUCAGCAAUACUACUGUAAAGAUCUCCAAAGACCCAAGUGAAAACCUUAACAAAAAUAAAACAGCUCCUGCUCUCAAUUUGUUCCCAGUCCAACCUAUACACAAAGCUCAGCAAUUUAAGAAUGUUAAUUUAGUGGACUUUAUACAAAACAGGAUGCAUCUCAAAUUUUUAGCUUAGUUUGUGCCAUUAAAUUAUAGACGCUGACACAGCAUCAAUUAUAAGCAGCUUGAGCUGAAACCAUUAUAAUCAAAUCGCAUUUAAUUCCUGAUUGUAAUUAAUUUAAACCAAUGCAACACCUGCACACCAAAGGGUUUCAGUAUGGUAUGGGCAGCUGGGAAAUCAUUUAGACAAAUAUAUUUUGUCAUAAGUUGCUAUUCUAUUAAUGUAUGUCAUUAGGAACUAGCUAAUGUGUAACCAGGGCCUGCAGAAUAAAAAGCAUCAGAAGUAAAAGUUCUCAGCUGCCCUGUUUUGGCUAUGUUUUUGAAUAGACAUUCCACGUUCACAGGAUGUUUUAGCCAUUAAGAGGCACAACUCUCUAAGAAUGCACAGAGCUGGCUCUGAAGACCACCAGGCAACAGGAGGUAAAGUCAACUUAAACUGAAAAUUACAUAAUGUGUGGUUUUGAUGUUGGAGUCUCUGUUGUGGGUGCUUUAUAGGGAAGAGAAAGGAAACUAGAAUCAACGCUUUCAGAAAGGAACACUGGGUUGAAUGGCCAAUAUGACAUUCUUUGGGCCUAGUUUUCAGACGCCCCCCCCCCAGGCU